UCUAGUGUGUAGAUAAAGAAAGACUAGGUCAGCCAUGUGGAUGUGUCUGUUGGACAGCUAAGGGGAGGGGGGUGUAACGGAGAGGGAACGUGGUGUGUAAAGCGCUCGAGAGAGGGAGCGCGGCGCAGCGCGUGUGAGAAAAAGGAAGUGGAGUCGCUAAACUGCGAACUCACUGAUUUCCUAUCCGUAAAGUACAGUAACAACUACUGCAUACUCCCGGCGCUGAAAGCCGUACCGCUCCUGAAGAAGACAGACUGAGGGUCCCCUGGAGAUUUUUUUCAUGAGAAUAAAUUAACAAAGCGGGGUCGUCUUUUGUUAAGGCAAGUGCCAAAUUCGCUCUGCCUGGGCAAAGAGGCUGUUACCGGAUAAAGUGCCUGGGUGAUAUUGUUCUCAGUCUUCCUCAUUGGACGUGGCCCAGGCCGAGGAGAAGGUUCGGCAGGGUCAUUUUGUCGUAGCCGACGGGGAUUUGCGGUUCAACUUUGUACGGCAGUCGUGUUUAAUUUUUAAAGGUCAUCAGACUGGCGGCUCUUGUGAAGCUCUUGGGUUGCUGGUGUGGCUAAAUUCUCUCUGGACUUGAGCGUUCCAUUCAGAAGACUGAAGCCCAGACUUACGGUCUACCUUUCACGGAAGCCGAACCGUGAGAGGAGAGAGGAAGGCACCUGGCGGAUCAUGACGGCUGAUAAGGACAGGGAGCGUGAGCGACGGGACAAGGCCCGCGAGGGUGAGAGCGUGCGGCCACGGCGUAGCUGUACAUUGGAGGGGGGAGCACGCAACUAUGCUGAGAGUGAACACAGUGAGGAUGACGACGAUGCUGCCGCCACCGCCGCUGCCACCGAGGAGCUGGCCAAGAAGGGCAAGAAGAAGCUACCCAAGAAGAAGUCCCGCUAUGAGCGUACAGAGAAUGGGGAGAUCACCUCUUUCAUCACGGAGGAUGAUGUUGUCUACAGACCUGGUGACUGUGUGUAUAUAGAGAGCCGAAGGCCCAACGUUCCCUACUUCAUCUGUAGCAUUCAGGACUUCAAGCUGAGCAAGCGGGACCACUUACUGAUGAACGUGAAGUGGUACUACAGGCAGUCAGAGGUGCCAGACUCUGUCUACCAGCACCUGGUGCAGGAUCGCAACAACGAGAAUGACUCUGGACGGGAGCUGGUCAUUACAGACCCUGUUGUGAAGAGUCGGGAGCUCUUCAUCUCUGACUACGUGGACACCUACCAUGCUGCUGCCCUCAGAGGGAAAUGUAAUAUCACCCACUUUUCUGAUAUUUUUGCUGCAAGGGAGUUUAGAGCCCACAUAGACUCCUUCUUCUAUAUCUUGGGUUACAACCCAGAGACAAGGCGCUUGAACAGCACACAAGGGGAGAUUCGAGUCGGCCCUAGUCACCAGGCCAAGCUGCCUGAGCUGCAGCCAUUUCCUUCCCCAGGCGGGCAGGUAGUGACUGAGAAUGAGGAGUUGGUGUGGAUGCCCGGGGUCAACGACUGUGACCUGCUGAUGUACCUGCGGGCCGCCAGGAGUAUGGCGGCAUUUGCUGGCAUGUGUGAUGGAGGCUCGACAGAGGAUGGCUGUCUGGCUGCUUCACGAGACGACACAACACUAAAUGCAUUAAACACUCUACACGAGAGCAAGUACGAUGCUGGCAAAGCUCUGCAGCGCCUGGUCAAGAAACCCAUACCGAAGCUGAUUGAGAAGUGCUGGUCUGAAGAUGAAGUGAAGCGGUUCAUUAAAGGUCUCCGCCAGUACGGCAAGAACUUCUUCAGGAUCCGAAAGGAGCUGCUACCCAACAAGGAAACGGGGGAGCUCAUCACCUUCUACUACUACUGGAAAAAGACCCCUGAGGCUGCGGGCUCACGUGCCCACCGACGGCACCGGCGGCAGCCUGUCUUCCGGCGAAUCAAAACCCGCACGGCCUCCACCCCCGUCAGCACUCCGUCCCGCCCGCCUUCCAGCGAGUUCUUGGACCUCAGCUCAGCCAGUGAGGAUGACUUUGACAGCGAGGACAGUGAGCAGGAGCUGAAGGGUUACGCCUGCCGCCACUGUUUCACCACUACCUCCAAGGACUGGCACCACGGGGGCCGGGAGAACAUCCUGCUCUGCACAGACUGCCGGCUGCACUUCAAGAAGUACGGGGAGCUGCCGCCCAUCGAGAGGCCCGUAGAGCCGCCGCCUUUCAUGUUCAAGCCCGUGAAGGAGGAGGAGGAUGGGCCUGGCGGGAAGCACAGCAUGAGGACGCGGCGCAGCCGGGGCUCGAUGUCCACGCUGCGGAGCGGCCGAAAGAAGCAGACAGCCAGUCCUGACGGCCGCACCUCCCCCCCAGCCGAGGACCAGCGUUCCAGUGGGCGCAACUCGCCCAGCGCUGGCAGCACGUCCAGCACAGACAGCAAAGCAGACUCUCUGAAGAAGCCUGGCAAGAUCAAAGACGAAGUGGCCUCUCCCAUGAAGAGGGCCAAGCGGCAGCGGGACAAGGGGGCCUCCGACUCUGAGGAGCCAGAGAGACCUUCUGCCAAGAAGUCCAAGACUCAGGAGCUGGGUCGGCCCGACUCGCCAUCGGAGUGCGAGGGGGAAGGCGAGAGUUCAGACGGGCGUAGCGUGAAUGACGAGGGCAGCAGUGACCCCAAGGACAUCGACCAGGACAACCGCAGCUCAUCACCCAGCAUCCCCAGCCCACGCGACAACGAGAGCGACUCCGACUCCUCAGCGCAGCAGCAGGCCCUGCAGAUGCAGCACCCCCCUGUCAUCCAGAUGCCCCCAGUAACUGUUGCUGCUGCUGCCCCAGGCAGCUCUGCAGCCUCUGCCCUGACCCCCCAGGUGGCGCAGUCCGGGGUGCCGGCCGGCCUCCCCCCCCAGCAGCCGCUGGUCCAGCCCCAGAGACUGGCUUCCCCACACUCACCCCUGCCGGGGCUACCUCCGGGUCCAGCCUCCUCCCAGACACUCCCCCAGCCUCCUAUUCAUGCCCAGCUGCCCCCCCUGCCCCACUCACUACAGGGAAGCUCCUCCCACCCCCACCCACACCCACCCUACCCUCUCCCCACCCACUCUCAGUUACCCCCUGCUCCCCCUCUGCCAGGACAAGCUCCACUGCGCCCUCACAGUCCACCCUCGCAGGUGCCCACCCCCACGCAGGGCCCCCCCCGCGAACAGCCCCUGCCUCCGACACCCAUAUCCAUGCCCCACAUCAAGCCGCCUCCCACCACACCCAUCCCGCACAUGUCCAGCUCACAGUCUCACAAGCACCCCCCUCACCUCUCUGCACCUGCCUUCCCCCAGAUGCCCUCCAAUCUGCCCCCCCCGCCAGCCCUGAAGCCCUUGAGCUCCCUGUCCAUCCACCAUCCACCUCCAGCUCACCCUCCACCUCUGCAGCUGAUGCCCCAAGGCCAGCCGCUGGCAGUGCCCGUGCUUUCCCAGACCCAGACCCAGAGCCAUGCCCUGCCGCUGGCGGCGCCCUCCUCUUCGCAGUCGGCUCUGCCCCUGCACCCGUUCCUGCCCACGGGCUCGCCAUCUCCUCCCCCCUCCACAUCUAUGCCGCUGCCUCCGUCUGUGGGCUUGUCCUGCCCUGGACCCUCGAACGUCCCAGCUGUGCAGAUUAAGGAGGAGCCCCUGGAUGAACCAGAGGAAGCUGACAGCCCGCUCCCCCCGCAGAGAAGCCCCUCUCCGGAACCGACGGUGGUCAACACCCCCAGCCACGCCAGCCAGUCAGCACGCUUCUAUAAGCACCUGGAUCGGGGAUACAACUCGUGUGCUCGGACAGAUCUGUACUUCACCCCCCUGGCGGCCUCCAAGCUGGCCAAGAAACGUGAAGAGGCACUGGAGAAGGCCAAGAGGGAGGCCGAGCAAAAGGCCAGGGAGGAGAAGGAGCGGGAGAGGGAGCGGGAAAAGGAGCGAGAGCGGGAGCGGGAAGCUGAGAGGGCUGCCAAAGCCUCCAGCUCUUCUCAUGAGACCCCAAUGGCUGGACCCGCCCACCUGCGCCCAUCCUUCGAGCCGACGCCUACCACCAUCGCGGCGGUGCCGCCCUACAUUGGGCCCGACACGCCGGCGCUGCGCACACUCAGCGAGUAUGCCGCCCGGCCGCACGUCAUGUCGCCCACCAACCGCAACCACCCCUUCUUCGUGUCGCUGAACCCGGCCGACCCGCUGCUGGCGUACCACAUGCCGGGCCUGUACGGCACCGACCCGGCUGUGCGGGAGUUGCGGGAGCGGGAGAUCCGGGAGCGGGAGUUGCGGGAGAGGAUGAAGCCCGGCUUCGAGGUGAAGCCGCCCGAGCUGGAGGGUCUGCACCCCGGUGCCAACCCCAUGGAGCACUUUGCGCGGCACGGUGCGCUGACACUGCCGCCCAUGGCUGGCCCCCACCCUUUCGCCUCCUUCCACCCGGGCCUCAAUCCCCUGGAGCGGGAACGGCUGGCGCUGGCCGGACCCCAGCUGCGGCCCGAGAUGAGCUACCCGGAGCGGCUGGCAGCCGAGCGACUUCACGCCGAGCGCAUGGCCUCCGUCGCUAAUGACCCCAUCGCCCGCCUACAGAUGUUCAACGUGACGCCGCACCAUCACCAGCACUCGCACAUCCACUCACACCUGCACUUGCACCAGCAGGAUCCGCUGCACCAAGGUGGUGGUGGUGAAUGUCUUGUGUGUCCUCCAGGCUCCGGGGCCCACCCACUGGUGGACCCUCUUGCCGGACCCCACCUGGCUCGUUUCCCCUACCCUCCUGGAGCCAUUCCGAACCCCCUGCUGGCCCAGCCACCGCAUGAACAUGAGAUGUUGCGCCACCCAGUGUUUGGUACGCCAUAUGCGCGGGAGCUGCCGGGGGCGCUGCCACCGCCGAUGUCGGCCGCACACCAGCUGCAGGCCAUGCAUGCCCAAUCUGCUGAGCUGCAGCGGCUAGCUAUGGAGCAGCAGUGGCUGCACGGUCAUCAUCACAUGCAUGGAGGGCCAUUCCCCGGACAGGAGGACUACUACAGCCGUCUGAAGAAAGAGAGUGACAAGCAGCUUUAACCUGUGCAGGGGAAUGAGGAUACAUUGCUUUGCAAGACAUUGUUACAAGGCCCAGGAAGUAGUUCAAAGAUUUUGGGAGGUGCUGUGGGACAGUCACCGUAAAGAACAAUUUUUUAGAAAGAGCAAAUCCGGCUGAACAGCUGAAAAUGCGCAUCUGAAGAGUUUUUUUUUUUAUUAGUCAUUUCCUGUUCUGGACAGUUUUACUUUAUUUUUAAAAAAAAAAAACUUUAUUUGGUAUACUGCAUUGAAGUAGCCACGACGUGCUGAAGAUUUUGACUUCCCUGCAUGAAAUACUCUGAGGCUUUCCUGGCGUUUCUGUAGGUGCUAGAAUACAAGACACUUUGUCACUGUGCUUAACGAGAAAUAGGCAAACCACAGCCAGGCUAUUACGUUGGGUGUGUGAAAUGCUGUCUUAAACUCCAGUUAUUUUAUUACAUUGUAGGAAGCUCCUCUAAUUUUAAAGAAAGUGCAGCAUGUUAUUUUGAGUCUGUAAAUAAUAUAUAAAUAUAUAUAAAUAUAUAUUAAAAAUAUAUAGUUAUUGAUUAUUAUUUUUAGGUGUGGAUUCCUAACUGAGGUGAUAAAUCACCUGUAUUUCUGUUUUGAAGAAGUAUCCCUUCGUUUCAGGGAGAGCACAGUCUGGUCAGAUGCUCCCUGGACUGGUCUUACUUCCCAAAAUGAGGGCAGGUGGGACACUGCAGUGCAGGAGUGUUUUUAUUCGGAACCACGCCUGGGUGCAAAUGACUCUCUGCCCCCCUCCUCCCUGCCCCCAGUCGACAGUGAACGCAGGCAUUUCCUCUGUCUCUCAGUAAUCUGUACAGACAAGCAGCCCCCAUAAAAGCUGCCCGUAGCAGUGAGCUCGGAGAAUGAGGGCAGGACUUCACCCCAGCGGAUUUGCAUGCUAGGCUGGCAAACAGUUGCACUUUUACAAUCAGAACAUUUCCCUUGACCAAAGUAUGGAGUUAUUUUGGAAUAAAGGCCUACAAGACACAAUUACUGUUAUAUUGCUGUCAUAUGGGAUAGUAAACAGCAGAAUUACUGCUAUAAAUGUUUUCUCAUGUGGAGGGAAAAAGGAAAAAUACUGAACACUUCUCAAUGUUUUUCAAAAGGACCUUACCUCAGAUAUGGAUUAUGAUUCCAUUUUCACUGCUACACUAUUUUAUUGUGAGUUUACUUGUUUUUAAAACAAUCUUGGUAAUUGGUGCUAAGCGCUCUUCCUCUGUAGCCGUUUUUCAUGUUGCUUGCUGAGGUUCUUGCCAGGCUCAUGAGCCGGGCGGUAGGGUUUCUCAACGCAGUCUCCUGGGUCGCUGACGAUGGUGACUCAUCAGUUUGGGGUGGGACCUGAGCAAUGGUAGCAGACUUGGGACAGGAGAUCAACAAGGUCACUCAAGGUCCUUUCUGAAUUCCACAGUCUCUGCAGGAUCUCUUCCUUUGGCAUCAGGGGUUAGUGUGUAUGUCUGUGUGUGUGCGUGUCUUCUCGCGAAUGUUCAUUAUAUUAGAUGGAGUGUUCACAUAUCAAACCACUUAUGAUUUUUAUAUUCUGAUCAUAUACCCGUUUCAUUUGAUGUUCUUGCAAUAUAAUGACUUUAAACAGAAAUUCUAUCUCAAUAUGAAUUGCUAACAGUUGUGGGGGGAUUAUACAAUUGUGUUUUUUUUUGUUUUAUGAUUAACUGCUCAUUCCUAAAUAGACACUCGUCUGCCACACUAUGCUAAACAUUGAUUUCCACCAUUUUACAAAGAUCAGUUACACAAAGAUUAACUUUUUUUUUCUUCCCUAAAGUGUGACUUCUGGAAGUUGGCUGCUUCCUGAAUCUUGUUGUGUUCCCUGUCUCAGUCCAGUGCCAUGAGCCCCCCCACCCCUCCCCCUCUUUUGUCUCAAACCUUUGAUGUUAAGUGUUGUCAAUGGUUUAGCUUGUUGUUUCAAAACAGCAAUAGCAGAAUGUACAUUCUGACUGCUAAAAUUGGAUUAUAUAUACCGAUAUCGUAAAACUUAUUGUAUAUAUUAGUUUGCCAGGGGAUGACACAAUAUAAACAAGAAGUAGACAUAAGAGAAAUUGUGAGUCCUGUGUUUUCUCCAUAUGAGUAUUUUGUAUUUUUUUUUUUUUUGAAUAUUUUGUGGAAUUAAAAUUAACUGUUAAACCAAAA